UCAACUGUGCAUGACCGGGUCGGCUGCAUACCUGAGACAACAGACCGGAGCAGACACGGCACGGGCAGGAAGGGACAUUCGGAUUUCGUGUGAAACAACAGCUGAACCAUGAGGGAACGAGGAUGUAGUAAAGUAGAAGUAUGUCUUACAACGGCAAAUAUUAUUGGAGUUAUAGCUAUAGUUAUGAUAGCUGCCGUCAUCGGUACUGACAGGUGGGUGAUGUGGACAGUGGACAGGACUAAACUAACUUCAACCCAGCGAGCCGAUACUUCCAGUGCACGUUUCUACCACACCCGACAUCGAGGAAUGUUUCGAGAGUGUUAUCCUGGCAACGACACUUCAUUUUUAGACACGUCAAAUGAUGUCAUUGACAAGAACUGCUUCCAACUGAAAUUCGUUGACAACAUCGAUGGGUCAAGCGCCGAGUACCAGCUGAUGAUAGGAUUGUACACGUCCUUCAUGGCCUUAUUCGUAGUGGCAGAGGUCGUAUUCGUAGUUGCAUACAUCCUGGGCUUGUGCCUCUGUGUCAGGAGAUUACAUUCUCAGGCAUGCUAUGCCUCCAUAUUCUGCUUUAUAGCCGCAUUCAUCCUUGCCCUCGGCAUGGCCCUAUUCCACGCGUCCAUAUAUGUGCAGAGGGAACAAGUGAGAGACGUGCUGACAGACCGACAGAAAUAUUAUCAAAUGUGGCCAAAUGAGCUGAAGUUGGCGACGGUGCGUGAAUUCAAGGAAUCUUACAUUGUCGCUUGGGUUGGAUUAAUCCUUGCUGCAAUUACUGCUAUCUGCUAUGGUUUGGCUGCAAAGUUUCUGGCUGACAACAAACACAGACGUCGUCCAUAUUCCGAGAAGGCGUUUCGCGAGCCAUACUUCUAUGACAAUCCUCAGUAUGCUCUGGACCCCUACCAACCCAAGGUUAUUCCAGUGGAAUACCCAACCUAUGCCACUCGCCCACAAUACUAUGACGCACCAAGACCCAUCAUAUAUUCUGCUGAUGGCUAUCGAGAGGAUAUAUCAGGCUAUAGGAUACGGGAGAUGCCUUAAUUGGCAGAACAGACACAAGCCAUGCGAUCUGUCCACAAGAGAAAUUCAGGAUUGCAAUAUAUACCAGAUCAUGCCAGUUAUGUAUUCCGUUUUAUCAGAUCUGUAUUUUGUUUGUACCAACCUAGACAGCUAUCUUAAAUGGGCCUGGAACAGGUUUUGUUGUACUUCCCGAGUUGUCAUCCAUGUUCUGACCUUUCAUCUGUGGAGAUGGUUAAGGGAAGAUCCUACCUUCAACUGGAUACUCGUAUAGACACGAUGUAAACACAUUUCGUUUUAUUCUUACUGUGCAACCAACAUGCCGACUACAUGUAGUAAUACUCCCAACCGUUACCUACUUAUUAAUUGACUAUGCUUUGAAUUUGUAUGUUUUUUCACCAAAUGAAAAGCAGCCUCUUAAAAUACUCUUAUCUUCGCGUCACAGAAACAGACAUGUCCAUGGGGUGCACUGUGUAUAUUUUAUAUUUUGAUGUACAUAUUUUUAUAAAAUGUCAUACAACCUCUUGGCGAUGUACUAUUUGCUUUCGUACAUUUUAUGAUAUUACUCAACUGCAGUCACAUAUUACGAACAUAAUCAAGUUAAUUCUAUACCAUUAACUAUAUUUUUCUGGAGUUCAACGGUCUUAUCUGUCUUAAUAAUGUAUUGGUGUGCUAUCAUUACUAAUGUAAUAAUGAAUAACUCACCACAGGAUAUUGUAGAGUGAAACAUCCUGCUCGUACCAGCAUUCUUAAAGCAGAUUUUGCCUGAAGUUCAACAACUGUUGCAUGUUAUCCUCUCUACGAAGAACCUACAACCAAUGUCAAAAACUUCAAUGUCAAGUUUGACAUGUAAUACUUUAUGUAACCAGCGAAAGAAGCGUAUGACAGUAUGGUCAGUCGUUAUGAGUUGGAAUGCCAUGCCAUGUACGUGGAGUUUAGACUUGGUGUUAUGUCAUUUAAAGUGUAAUGGAAUAUGGCACGAAACACCCGAACGUUCGGUAGAAUCCGACGAUACAAAUACUCUACAAUCAGCAUGGAUAACCAUGUAUAAAUAUAGCAUGACUUAGUACGUUUAAUUCAGAAAAUACUGGUAUUAUAUUGAAGAGACAACGGUAACACCAACUUAGAUUACAUUGAAGAAUAUUAUCAAACUACACAACCAAAUGCAAGCUUGCUACAAAUUAUCACUGGGGUUAUGUAAUUCUGUGUCAAUCAUACAUGAGUCAAAAUACAUGGCAUCCAACCAGAAUAUACGCUGAUAUUAGUCAGAUUGCAUAUCAGCGAAAUUGCUUCGUAAGAUAACGUUCUUGAAUUUCCUGUUGUUACAUGUUUGGAAUGAAAGGGGUGAUUCUGUCUUUAAUGAAAUGUGAACACCUUUCAGUUGAACAUAAUUGUAAUGUAAAAUGGACAAUGUCAGCUGUCAUUUUUUUUUCAGUCUUGAGAUAAAAUUGCUUUGAAAUACAACAGUGUACAUCGGCCAAAUAUAAGUAUUUAGGUAUUUAGAAAUAUUAUUAUGAUCUUGCACAUUUUCUAAAAUAUGGAGACAGAUGCUUCCAACAAAGAAGGUAUCUAAUCACGCAUCAACUAUAUUAUCAAUAUUUUCUCUCAGCAAAUAUGUAGGCACAGUUUUGCAACAUAUUCCAUUCAUUUAAAGCAUACCUAUUUCUGAUGUGUAUAUAUCGAUUCAUAAUAAACGGUUAUUCAUCA